GACACCUCUUGAGCGGUCAUCUGUGCUGCAGUUUCAUCCCAAGAAACGGUGGAGUGUUUUUAAUAUGCCUUCGUGGAGUUUUUUUUUGAGGUGUGAUGGUAAAAGUAUUGUGCAAGUCCAGCUACUGCAAAUCUCUUGUCGGCGGCAUGACCUGUAACCUUUCAUCUUUGACCUUUGUUGAAAGAGCAGAGCUUACACAGUCUCAGUGAUCCAGGUGCCAUCCAAGUUGUUUUUUCUGAAUAGAAAUGAAACUUUCUGGGGCACCAUCGGUUGAGAACAUUGCUCUAGAAAUCUUCCUGUUUUUGUAUUUAUUUGAAAUUUAUGUGUUGGCAUUUGGAAUCAAUUGCCAAGUAUUUCCAGGGAAAGUUUCAGGAAAAAAAUUGUCAGUCAAUAUUGUUUUUUCCAUUUGUGUCUACAUGAUCCGUAAUAUUAAUACUACAUAUACCUGCAAGUACCAGAAAGCAUUCGGGGUAAUCGGGAUUCAUUUUGUAGAGAAACAGAUUUGUGUUUCUGGAGUGUAUUUUCUUAUGGCGUGAACUGCAUAAGAAUGAAAUAUGUCACCUUCUGUUGAUAUUUUAUUUGUAACAUCAUUUGCAAAUCGCAAAUACACCACUGCAGCGGUGACCUGUAAGUUUCACCUGACAUCCAUCGCUAUCCUUUGUGGACGAUAUCCUGUAGAUAACAUUAUGUCACAGGCAUAGCAUAAUAUCUCCUCAAUGAUAUUUGCUAAGCUUCACCUAUGUUUCAUAGACACCACUUCCACAAUAUCCUACAGAUAGCAUCACAGCAUUGAAAUAACGUGGAAUAUCGCUCCAUUAUUCCCUAGUCAUCGCCUUAAAAGACAUCCCACUGAUACCACGUACAUGUGUCGUACCAAUGACAUCACACCGCAGGUAUACAUGUAUAUUUAAAAUGCGAAAUAUCUUGUCUGUGAUAUGUCUUACUUUAAGUAUCCCCGUCAGUGAUUUUUCGUACUUCAAAAUGUAUAUCGUAGCAUCUUUAAACUAUUCAUUUAUAACAAUUCCGAAGGAUUUAUUAUGCAUAUUUAUAAUAUUACUUACGUUAAUGACGUCAACGAUAUAAUGUACUUAACAUGACAACCCAAAGAUGCAACCUCACUGAAACCCAGUACCGAUAUCUUUGAACUAUUUCGGCGUUAUUGGUAUCAUGUUUUUUUCCUGCUGUGUGAAUGAUGUCACAUAACCGGUAGUCUUUCAAUGCCACCUCUCCUGUAGAACCCACUCUGUUAAACACACCACUUUUCCUCACCUGCCCCAGUGGGUGUUAUCCUAUUAAGAUUAAUUCUGCUUUUAAUUGCUGUGCAUACUUCCAUAAUGUUUGUUUGAGCCGCGUGGAUUAUGAAAUUCUUGACAGUAACGGGAAACGUUUAGAGCACUUCCCUGCGCAAGUCGCGCGCGGUGAAGGAAAUUUACGCCAAGCAAUUUGCACUUCGAAGUGUAUUAACCGAAGCUUGAUGAAAUUGCAAGCAUUGAAUGGCGUCUCGGAAUUCCUUGGAAUCCAGGUGAAAUCGUGCCUAAUUGGCCAUGAACAAGAAUGUUCAUGGGUGGGUAGUGGUCGGGUACCACGCUAAUGUGCUCAUGAUACCGGCUGCAAAUGCUUUGAUACUGGUACUUGUCAAGGUUACUCACACGCACUCUAGGAUUACUCCGUCGGCGGCGUGGCCACAGAUGGUCGAUGUGAAGCCGUCGUCACCGUUUUCAGCAUUAAUUUAACCUUAACAGUCCCAAAUCCUCCAAUUUCAAUACGAUUUUACAUACACCCUUGGGGGGUAGGGUUAAAAGUAUGUGGUUCAGAUCCAGCGGUAUCGACGGGCUAGGCUAGCAUGCUCAUUCUCUGUAGUUCUAGAUUUGCCAAAUUUUACACCAAUAAUUAAUCAGCCCGAUUUACGUAUUCGAUGAAUACAUUCUCCUUUAUACGCCCAUAUAAUUUAAUCAAAAUCUCGGCCUUUAAAAAAAGUGGAUUAUUCACGUUUAAUCCGCCACUCGAAUAGUGCUUUCCCACCAACGUGGUCGUCAUACGUCAGCGCAUUUGCGCAUAAUACGCUGCUCUGAUUGGACAAGCCAAGUUCGCGAUUGACAGUCGGGAAAUCCCGCCUACCGCGCAGAAUAUGGGAAAGCCAUUGCCUUCGAAAUAAAAGAAAAGCAAUACAUGUUUUCUUUUUUAAAGGUAGAUUGGAAAUUUAAGCAACCCGUCGUGGAGAAUUUCGAUCAGCCACGCAGCUGGAGAAAAAAAGAGUGUAAACUCGCUUUUGCCAAGGGAAACUUGGGAAUGAUUUACUAAGCGGAUCAACCUCAUAGCGCCUGGUGAUUUGUUGCCGUUUCCAGUCGGCCACCAUGUUGAUUUAUGUUUCUCAUGAAGUCAGAGCAACAUUUCGAAGGAAUUUUUUUAGAUUUGCUGGUGUCGGGUGGGGGGAAAUUCUUGAAUAGGACGGAGACGAACACCGUAAAUGCUUCGACGGUCAGCAUUACAGGCUUCCAGUCAUUCGGAGAAAUAAAGUGUCAAUUUUGUCAUUUCGUAAUUGGCCCGUUACCCAUUAUCCUUUUAAUGAUACUGCACGUAGUCAAACACGCAAUGACUUUCGUACCUUAAUCCUGUCGCAAACUGUUAUUUCUUUAAGUUAAUUCGAUACCGUUGUAAACAGCGGAAUGUGUUUAGAUCCAAUGCAAUGUAUAAAGCCCCAAGCGGUAAUUGUGGGUUUGGAUUUCCUCUGCGCAUGGACUGAAAGUCAAUGCCGUUCUUUCCAUCUCCCGGGAUUUAGAUUUUUUCCCCUUCUUUUUGGCAAGCGACCCAGGCAAGGUCAAGGAGCAGAGCGGGGCCGGCUGGGGGCUGGACCCCGCCGGGGCGGCGCUCAUAACACGCCGCGAGUCACCGCCAAGGCGCAGUCGGCUUUUGCUACUCUGGGAUUGUCUUACCGUUGUAAGAAUCACCCCGAUCACCGCUUUCAGUCGCAGGACGAAGAAAAAGAAUGCGCCCUAGGAUAUAAUACAGACAUGAAACCUCAUCGCUCGAUCGCUCGAGCUUUUGUCUUUGGGGUUUGCGGCUGAACUUGAAGGAAUUACACCAUUGUCGGCUUGUUGCCUUGAGGGGUAGAGGGGGAUUGGACCUCCUGUAGGUGCGUGCCGAUUGCGUUCGCGUGACGUCGCUCCUCGGAAUCCAACAGCGGGUUCUCGUGUACGCGGUGAGAGUGUAUAGACUUUCUCUGCCGGUCGUGGAGUCAGACGAAUCGAAACGGUGGAAUGUAGCGCGUUUACGGAGUGUACCCGUCUGUACCGAGAACUCUUGAAGGUUCCAACCCCAGCUGUUCGCAGUGUCGAGCUGAGCUGCCUGUGCGAGACAAUACCCGCACGUGGCCGAGCCUUACCGGAAAAUAUACCUCCAUUGGGAAGUCGCGAACUGGAACGACAGAGGGAGUGAACUCAUUCAACCCUGAUAAAAAGAUACUGGCCGGAGCUAUAACUGGAUAUCAAUUCGUAGUUUUGGGUGAAUUCGUCGGCUGUGGCGGGAAAAGCUGACAUCUUUGGGGAAAAAACAGUUAAACUUCAGCCAGAGGUCUUGGUGUCGUUUGUGGGAGCAAGGGGGUGAUAAGAUAUCGCCCGCCUAUCCAGGCAAGUUACACAGCGCGGUCCCGUCCGUAGAUGUCAGGGGAGCACGCACCAGCCGACACUCUGCGCCGUCUGAAAACAGACGCGGACGGCUUGGAAUAAUAUUACGAACAAGGCGCGUUUUGUCCGCCGAGAACAGCUCGAGCCAAGACUUGAGAGAGAGUCGCUCCACACUGAAACAAGGACAGCACCGCAGGUAGACAUCGGUAGAUUGCUACCCCGAGUUUUCCCUUCCCGGCCAGAAAUCCAUCGCGCCCACGGAGGUCGUUUACCACCGGGAGCAACGCCAUGUUGACGGGUGGCCACUGCCGGGGCGACCGGCAGUUUAUCGCGAGCACAACACGGCUCACUGCGAUGAGGAAUGCGUGGAUACUCAGCAUCGUCGUUGCUGUCAGCUACGCUCAAGAUGUUACGUGGUGGAACCUAGGUGUCGACUCGCGGAUUCUCCACCAGUUCGAGACGUUGAGCAGCCCGGAGCUAUACAUCCUGGGCACCCAGCCCCUGUGCGCCGAGCUGCCGGGCCUGUCCUCCGGCCAGCAGAAGCUGUGCCAGCUCUUCCAGGACCACAUGGGCCCGAUCGGCGAGGGGGCCCGCAUGGGCAUCGAGGAGUGCCGCUACCAGUUCAGCAACCGCCGCUGGAACUGCAGCACGGCCGAGACGGGGUCCGUCUUCGGCCGCGUCACUGCGAUCGCGAGUCGGGAGGCGGCCUUCACCUACGCCAUAUCCGCCGCGGGCGUGGUGAACGCCAUCAGCCGGGCCUGCCGGGAGGGGGAGCUGUCGCCCUGUGGCUGCAGCCGGGCGCACCGUCCUCCGGACCUGGACCGGGACUGGGUGUGGGGAGGCUGCGGGGACAACGUGGACUACGGCUACCGUUUCGCCAAGGAGUUCGUGGACGCGCGGGAAAAGGAGUCUAACGCGCCCCGGGGGACCUACAUGUACUCUCGAAUGAAGUCUAACCUGCAUAACAACGAGGCUGGUCGGAGGGCCGUCUACGACAAAGCGGGCGUUCAGUGCAAGUGCCACGGCGUGUCCAGCUCCUGCAGCCUCAAGACCUGUUGGCUGCAGCUGGCCGAGUUCCACGACGUGGGCGCCUACCUCAAGGACAAGUACGACGGCGCCUCCCGGGUCCGCUUCAACAAGAAGGGCAAAAUGGAGCCGUACGAGGCCCGCUUCAACCGGCCCAGCAAGGACGACAUGGUGUACCUGGAAGAGUCGCCCGACUACUGCACCUAUGACCCUCGGGCCGGCUCGCUGGGAACUGUGGGCCGGGAGUGCGUCAAGACCUCCAUGGGGACGGAGGGCUGUGACCUGAUGUGCUGCGGGAGGGGGUACAACUCGUACACCAAGGAGGUGGUGGAGAGGUGUAACUGCAAAUUUAAGUGGUGCUGCUAUGUACAAUGUAGGAAGUGCAGACGGACUGUGGACGUGCAUGUCUGCAAGUAGUGCUGACUUUUUAAACCAUGUACCGGACGGUAUUGGGUCAGUCUGGUGAAUUUCGAAAUCUUUUGUAUACACCAAGUGUGGAUUUCUGAUGGACAGAGAAUCGACAGUAUAUUGCAGGGUUAGGAUCAGCAUGGUGAUCGUGCCACAAGUGGGAGGUCAUCAUGGUAUGGCGAAAUGUACAGACGUCCUUUUCAGACAGAACAUUGACUAUCGGUUGUAAGUACUUGAUAUUUCGGCUGUUGUUCAACGGUUGGACGAGACAGCUGACGUUGAAAGGCCAUUGCAAUUUUUAUCUGGACAUCAGUACCAGUGCUCAUGUUAACAGUCAAUCAAUAUGGCAACUUUGGGUGUAUUUUAAAGAUUACCCGUGUCCCCUGCUCGUGAUAAGUCUCAGUCAGGUAGAUGCCUCGGUCUAAAAGAAGACACCCAACUUCACCCUGGCCAAACUAUUUUUAGAUGCAGUAAACUUUUGUUAAAGCUUGAGGCACCGAACCCGGCAUGGAUUUUUUUGCUGAGCUAGUGAAACCUCAAACUUUCAGCAUCGACGAGAGAGGCCUGCCAGUCACAUUGCCGGAACCGGCGAUACCCUCUAAAUGCUGUCAAGGAGGGAGUUUGCAGGCAUUUUAGGGGCCGGCUCUGCUCGGUUACCUGGUCUCAGAAUCGUCAGGUCGAGGUACAUCACUGUUCGGAGGUAUAUUGCACAGCACUGAUGUACGGUAGCAAGAUGGAGAAAGUAUCGUAGUAAUCGAUGUCCAGGGGUUAACAGUAAUUUUGGUAACUAAAAUAAUAAUAAUAAUUGUAGUUAAAUGUUCCUCCUACAUUGUAACGAUGUACAGAAUGAAAUAAUUAAGACUGAUACAAACGUUUUUUAGAAAAGAUAUUCAACAUUUGACGUGUACAUAGUGUGUAUUUUACGUGCGGAGGUGCUCAUUUAAGAGAAGAUAUUUAUCGUUGCCAGUAUUUAGAACUUAAAGAGCGCCCUCAAGUUUAUUUACAUUUAGGAGUCUAUGUUGGCUCUCUUCAGAAGGAAAAAUCAAGCAAGAGCAUUGUAAUGCGCAUCAUUUUUAUGUAUGAUGACAGCUCUUAAAAUCCCACUUUUCAUUUUUUUACACUCUCGAAGUAUGAUCAGUUGAGUCCUUGGGAAAGAUGUCUCCUUGUUCUGUUCCUGAAACCGGAAACAGUAUUUUUUGUUUGGUUAUUUACAGCGCAGCGUUUACGAAACGGUCAAAGUUGGUUGAAUUGCACCUGCAACAAUGGUAUGUUGUCGUUUGUAUCAUCGAAUACAUGGAGAGGCAGGUGUUGAAGUGUGCACCGUCGUUACACAAACACGUGUCCGUGAGAAGCACACAUUUCUUGUUAACUUGAUCGAAAUCCAUGUACCGUAUAUCUUCGCUUGAGCCCCGUGUAGGGGCGUGUGAGGCAUCAUAGGUCCGAGAAGUAGUGGUUAGAAAUGUCUAGAUUUCCACUUUCUCUUCCCGCAGUGCACCAUCAAAAAAGCAACUACAUCCUGGGGGAUGUCAUCGGUUUAUACGUGGGGCAGAUUAUGAAAGCGAAGCGACUCUGACGUCACGAAAGAUUUGCAGCAAACUUUGGCUCGAAUUGAAAUGUCUUCAACUUUUGCAAAUUCGCAGCGCGACUAUUUCAUCUGUUCGCUUUCGCGCCAAGUCUGAAACGGUCGGUGAGUGGCGAAACUACGAAGGAGGGUGGCACGUUCUUUUGGGUCCUUCCCUCAUUUGACAUUUUGAAAUGUGCACAACCCUCCUACAAGCCACAGUGAUGGUUUUUCUGUGCCCCCGUGAAAAAAAAUGAUUACACCCUCAGGAGCCUCCUCGAAAAGUUUUACUUCUGUUACGCUAUUGGUUAGUGUACGGUUUUAGCAAUGUUGCACAAAUCACCUUUUUGUUAAAAAUUACGCAAAAGCUGACAGUGGGUACUUAUAGCUUGAUUUCUAAGGCAUAAAUCAACCGAGAAUUACGCGGAAAAGUUAGAGAUUCACAAUAUCGUGAUUCACGCAGACAUGUCAGCUAUUAUGUGUGUAGAAAGCUUUUUAAACGCCAAUUUUAUACCUGUACAAAAUAUUAACUUGUAAAGAUUGAAAUCAAGUUGAAAUAAGCUGUCUGUAAAUAAGACAUAAUCGAAGUUUGAUAACUUCGGGUGUAGAUCUAGAACUUUUUAGGAUCUAAUAAUCCUGGAUAAAAAUGAUUUUUUUCAAGAACUAUGUCUUUUGAUAUUGCGGAAAUUUUGACGCCGAUUAAAAGAAUUUUGCUUAUUUUGUGGUAAAUUUUGCGGUUGUUUACCACAGGUGAAUUUUGGGAGCAACACAGAGCUUGCUAGUUCCGUCAUUCGCUCGAAGAAAUGCGCUUGGAUUGAAAAGGACCUAAUUUAUGAAAUUAUUGAUGACUGUCGUAUGUGACCUUCACAAGGAUCAUGAUCUAGAAGCAGACCUUAGUACUUUGAAUAUUCAUUACGCGUUAUGUUAAUGUCAUGUAAAUUAUGUAUAUUGUAAAUAAUAUUUGCAACUAUUAUGCAACAUCACCGAAUUCAGCAUUCAUAUGGAAUAGUAGCGGAAUGAAAUCAUGGCAGAACGUAAAGCAUUAUUCAUUAUAGUCAUAAACAUGUA